CUGAAAUUUCAUCGACUCCAUCGAAUCACCAUUGACGCCAUAAAAAUCAACCUCGUAUCUCAAUGACUCGAACGAUUCGUUCACGUACCAGAAAUCAUAUAUAUAUAUAUUAUUUAUCUUGAUCGAGUUGAUCUGUGAACUUGAUCUCAGCAGAUUUAACGCAAUUUCCGUUUUAAGGACACAAUGUACAUACCUUUGUAAUAAUCAUUAUAAUAGUUGUUAGUGUUUGUCUAGAAUUGAUUUACAAUUCUCUAUAAUUAGCAAAUGAACGCCUGUCUUCUCAUUAUUCAUCGAGAGCAGUAGGUGCAUUGAAUACAACUAUGCUAAUUUUUUCCGGAAUAAUUAUUCAGAUUAAAAGAUUUCAAGAUCUUGGGGGGAUCGGUGUAUAACAGAUCACUUAUCUGUUAUUCUAAUAUAGUCUUUAAUUGAUCUCCCGGAGAAACUCAUGCUUCCAAGUGUGACUACGGUAUAUAAACAUAAAAUGUGAAAAUUCUCCAGCUAAAAACACCAUAAGUUUUCAUUGUUAAUUUACUAUUUUUUAAUCGUUCGAUUUAAACCUUCGUAUCAACCGCCAUGGAUUAUCGUAGAAUUACGAUGACAAAAUUCAGAGUUAAAGGACAAAUUUUCGCAGUCAUAGCUGCAUCGGUGAAUUUGGUGUCAACUGGCUACCAUUUCGGUUGGUUGUCUCCUUCGUUGGCGAAAUUGCAGGCUAAAGAUUCCGACUUUCCGGUAACUUCGAGUCAAAUUUCUUGGAUCGCAAGUUUCCACUUGAUCGGUAGCAUAUUCGGAUCGAUCGGCGCUCUAUCUCUCAUAGAAAAAUUCGGCAGGAGGACGAUACUCCUCUGGACAUCGGUUCCCCAUAUUUUGUCCUGCCUGAUUAUCGCUUCGGCUAACAACUACUGGUCUCUUUACAUAGCAAGGUUUAUAGCCGGUAUCGCGAUAGGGGUAGUUUUUUCGGCAGCCCCGAUGUACAUCGGCGAAGUGACCGAGGACAGAUUACGGGGAGGUUUAAGUUCUCUGAUGUCGGUGAUGAUGAACUUCGGUUUUCUCAUACCUUACUCGAUCGGCCCGUGGACGAGCAGACCGAUAUUGGCGGGGGUCGGUGCCGUGAUUCCAGUUUUCUACGUUCUCAUAUUUUUCUGGGUUCCCGAAUCUCCCUAUUAUCACGCUAUGAAAAACAGGGAGUACAUGAUUAAAAAAAGUCUCAUGUGGCUCAGAGGAACAUCUGACGUGGACGACGAAGUCAGAACGAUUUGUAAUUCCGUGGCAGAGGCAUCCGGCAGGACGGGAACUACCAAGGACCUAUUCGCGAAGAAGGGAAAUCGAAAGGCUUUCAUCAUCGUGAACGGUUUGCUGACCUGUCAACAAUUUUCGGGAAUAACAGCGUUCCUCGCCUACUCAACGAUCAUCUUCAACGAAGCCGAAACUAAGAUAACAUCUAGUUUCGCUGUAAUCAUAACUGGGAUCAUAUUGUUCGUGAUCGCGAUUCUGGUGAUAUUUUUGGCCGACAAAGCUGGGAGAAGACCGCUACUUUUGGGUUCUACAUCGCUUUGCGCGGUCUUUUUAUCGGGAGUAGGAGCGUAUUUUCACCUGCGGGAAAACGGUCACGACGUUUCAAGAAUAUCGUGGAUUGCUGUAGCAUCGACCGUUGGCUACUUGAUUUGUUUUUCAUCGGGCAUAGGAACCUUACCGCUCGGAAUGUCGACGGAAAUGUUCGCCUGCGAGAUAAAAUCCAUAGCGUUCACUUAUUCCACGAUUUACCUCAGUCUGCUCGGCGUUUUAGUUACGAAGCUCUACCAAAUGGUUACCGACGCCUACGGUAUUCACGUGGCUUUUUACAUUUUUUCAGGAUGCUCCGUGUUGUCGACGGUAUUCGUAUAUUUCGUCGUACCGGAAACGAAACGACGAUCUUUAAAAGAUAUUCAAACCGAACUGCGGGGAAAAAUCGCGGAUAAUGUGACGGAAACGAUGAUGCCGUUAUCCGAAACUGCGACGAUUUAAUUACGAUUAAUAUUAAUGACUAAACCUUCUGCAAAUUAUUCCAAGACUGAUGUCUAAAAAUGACUUCGAUCAAAGCGUAAUUGUCAGACAGUUAGUAAUUUUAGUAGAACCAUGUUUAUAAUUUGACAAAAGUAUUAAAAAGAAGAAAAUAAAAUAUCGUUAUUCUAGGUA